AUGUCUAACUACAGCUACGGGCCUCCUCCGCCCCCGCCGCCUCCAUCGCAGGCAGGCCAUCAACCAUAUGGCCAUCAUCCAAACGGGUAUACCCAAAGUCUCCCAGUUCGGGGCGGAGGAUCUCACUCUCGGGGUCGCGGCGGCGGGUACAGCUACAGCGCUGGUCGCCCAGAGUAUUCCCAGCCGCCAGCUCAACCCCCUUACCAAUACUCCUAUUCUCCCCAAACCCCUGCCGCCGCAUACCCUACAGAUGGUAGUUACCAAUCUACUCAGUGGCAAGGCGAGCACGGCCCAGCGCCCCAUGCUCCCAGCCAUGCCCCUGCACCUAUUUCGUCCGCCAACUACCAUCCCAACUACGCUCAAGCUGGCUAUGCGCAGCCUCAGUAUGGUUCUCAUCCAGGCUAUGCGCCUCCGGCUCAACCACCAUAUGCCGCUCCUUAUGGUGCGGCCCCUCCCCCUGCGUCACCCCAGUGGUCAGCGCAGCCCAACCAUCAGCCGCAUAGCGGAUAUCAGGGCGGUCGCCAUCGAGGCGGCUACCAAAACGACAGAGGCGGCUCGCGCUCCGCGUCGUCGGCACGCUCAGGCAGUUACCGAGAUGACUCUGCGCAGGCCGCGGGUGCCGCUACUGGCUAUCCCGCUGGUGCUGCCCCUUAUCCAGAUCCACGUGCGCAAGCUCCCUAUGCGACGCAGCCAGCACCUCAACAGUACCAUUACGCGCCCCCUCCGCCAGCCCCGGCGGUGGCAGCUUCGGGUGCUGUAGCAGGUGCGCCUGGGCAUCGUGAUCCUUACUUCGGACAUGGACACGGAAAUAACCGACGUGGUGGUCGUGGCGGAUCCUUCCGAGAUGGCAAUAACCGCGGCCGCUUCCAUGGUGCUGGGGAUAAGCACCGCCAUAAGAAGCCAAAUGGGACUACUCAGCAGCAGUCGAAUAACGCGAACAAGCAUGCGGAGCAGCCCGCUCAUGGAAAGAAGAAAAAGCGUAAGGUCAACACACUUGGCUUGACACCAGGCGAUGCCUCGGGCUCAGAGGAGGAAGAGGAUGACGAGGGUGAGGAGAAAAAGCUGAGUGAACUUAUGGGUAACGAGGUUAUCGAAAUUCCCGACCUAGCCGCCUACAUAGCCGAACGAAAGAAGAGGUAUCCCACCAAGGCGCGAGUCGAAGCGAAGAAGGCCGCCGAGGUGGCGCAGAAACAGCAAGAAGAUGAGGAGACAUCGCGUCUAGAGCGUGAAGCCGACAAGCUUCGGCGCCAGCUAAAGAAGGUCGAGUCUUCGAUCAAGCGAAAGCGUGAACAGCAGGAUGAAGGAGACGAGAUGAGAGAUUCAACCCUUGAAGAGGACUCGGACAACGAUAAGCCUGAAGUUCAGUCUAGUCGUGCUCCGGACAGUGCCACCGCCGCAGCCGCAGCGGUCCCUUCUCAGCCUGCUAAGAAGGCAGAUAUUACCCGACAUUGCAAAUAUUACUCUACGGGAGGCAGUUGCGGGAAGAAGGGCAAGUGCCGCUUCGUUCAUGACCCUGCAGUUAGAGAAGCAGCCAUCCGCGAAAAGGAAGCCAACAACGGCCAGCUGACCAUCAAGCAACGCUUGAUACUGAACGAUAAGGAUCAGGAGGACCUCACCGUCCUCGAGUCUAUCCAGUAUCUGAGAGAGAAGGGGCUCGUCAAGACGACGUCAGCUAGCAAGCCCGGCAGUGCUACUGCUGCUUCCCCUUCGUCGCAGAGCUCGUCGAAUAAGCCAAGCAAGCCACCCAAGCCAGUUGGUAGCACCUUGUCGACGCUCCCGGCCCCUCCUCCCUCCCUGCCCGCGCCACCUAAUCGUCGCGAGAACGGCGCGGCCGCCAAGUCGUCCAACGCCGCGCCUUACGCCGGUUGGAAUUUGGGUGGCUACGGAGGCACCGGCAUCAAGCCAGAGGACCUGCCCUAG